CAUUCACUACUCCCAUAAAAUCUUUUCCUUAUUCUCCACUUUUCCUUAAUCACCAAGGCUCCUUUCAUUUCCAUUAAAAAAGCACAAUCUAACCAGAGCCAAAACCCUCCUCUGAUUUUCAUUUUUCCCUAUCUUCUUCGAUGGCAGAUACAAAUACCUGCUCCAAACAGCGGCAACUAGUAAAGGAACAAAACCCAGCAAACCCGAGUAAGUCCUACACCAAUUUCCUUUCCAAAAAAGUUCUUGUGGUCAUAGUUUUCUUGGUCAUAAUCCCAGUUUUCCCCUCACAAGCACCCGAAUUCAUCAACCAAUCACUGCUCAAUCGUAGCUGGGAGCUUCUCCGCCUUCUAUUCGUCGGCAUAGCAGUCUCUUACGGUCUUUUUAGCCGACGGAACGAUGGAACGGAGAAGGAAAUCAACAAUCCAAAGUUAGAUAAUUUACAGUCUUUGAUGUCUAGAUUCCUCCACGUUUCAUCAGUUUUCGAUGAUGAAGCCGAAAACAUAUGUGGGUCUGAUGACGGUAAGGUCCAGACAUGGAGUAGCCAAUACUAUAGGAUCGAACCUCCUGUUCUCGUGGCCAAAAAACAAGGUGAAGAAAAGCCUUUGCUUUUGCCUGUUAGGAGCUUGAAAUCGCGUGUUUUGGAGGGGAAUAAUGUUGAGACAAGUGGGGAAAAUAUUGCCAAGUCUGGGUCUUUACGUAGGUCUAAUUCUAGUCUGAGUUCCAUAAUGGAAAAUGGGGAAACUCUGGUGGAGAAGAUGAAUGACAGUAACGUUGUUCUUCCUUCACCGAUUCCAUGGCGGUCGAGGUCCGUAAGAAUGGAAGUGAAGGAAGAUAUUGAGUCGUUUAGGCCCCAAACGACUCGUUUGUCAAGUUCAAAAUCUUUUUCUUCUUCUCCAAAGAAAUUAUCUCCUUCCUCUACUUCUUCGUUAACUGAAAUACAAGCAAAAACUAGUGAGGAUUUAUUGAGGAAAAAGUCCAUUUACAGGUCUCAUCCUCCCCCUCCCCCACCCCCACCGCCACCGUUGGUUCGCAAAUCGUCACCUUUGAAACGGGCUUCAAGUUUUACAGACGACAGGGUUUCUUUCCCACGGAAGUUUGCUAGCAAACCAAAUGAAAUGAAUGGAAGCUUUAAGCCGAAACCAAAGCCUAGUUUCAUGGAAUUCCCACAAGGAGAUCAGAAACAAGGGUUUGUUGAAACUAGUGAUGAAGAUGAUGAUUCAGAGAGUGAGGAAUAUGAAGAAGUUAGACCAAGCACCAACAACAAAUAUCCAAACAAUGAGGAAGAACCUAGUCACAGCAAUGGAGCAGAUGGAGGAUCUGAUGUUGAUAAGAAAGCAGAUGAGUUUAUUGCCAAAGUAAGAGAGCAAAUCAGGCUUCAAAGGAUUGAUUCCAUCAAGAGAUCAAGUGGCCAAAUCAAGAGAAACUCUACAAGGUAAAGUUGAAGACAUCAGUUAAAGCCCUAUAGAGUUGAAUUUGUAUUCGUUAAAUAUAUA